AUGGAGCUGGGGCAGAGGAGCCAGUCAACGUUUCAAUCAGCAAGGAUUUGUGGCAUUCAAAUAUGCCGAGAGUCCAUGACACUUGCAGGGGACAAUCACGUCUUUGGCCUUUUUUGGUCUGUGUCUUUGAGGAAGACACUAGCAUGGGAGUUGGCGUGGAUGGUUUCUUUCGUGAAUUACACAGCCUUGUUCACAAGUGAUCCCGGCAUUGUAGUUUUUAACACAAAUUUGUUAUAUUACAAGGAGAUGCUACGGGUUGGGUGGUUAAGUGGGUUUGGGAAGGAGGAGAAGCCCGAUGGCUGGCCGUGCAGGACCUUACGGGCCGAUUCUGUCUGGGCGGUUCAGAGCCUAGAGUUACCGCGUGUGUCGUUCAUCCGCUGCACAAAUAGCCGGGAGAGAAGCGGAGGGAGCGGCUCAGCAAGCCGGGCUGUCUCAGCGUUUCCCGAGGGGCGAGGAAGUGGUUCACUGCCCCGUGAAGAAUCUUCACUGGUUGUGAAUAAAGGGGAGGAAUUAAGGCUGAGGUGCAAUGAGGAUGGACCUGUGACUUGGAAUUUCCAGAACUCGGACCCAUCAGCAAAAGCAAGGAGUUCCAAUGAGAAAGAGUGGUACACCAAAAAUGCAACAGUCAGAGACAUAGGCAGAUACAUAUGCAAAAGCAACGGGAGUACUGUCACCUCUUUUUAUGUUUUUGUUAAAGAUCCAAACGUGCUCUUCCUUGUUGAUUCUCUGAUCUAUGGAAAAGAAGACAGUGACAUCCUGCUGGUGUGCCCACUAACAGAUCCAGAUGUUUCAAAUUUCACACUGAGAAAAUGUGAUGGAAAACGUCUCCCCAAAAAUAUGACGUUCAUUCCCAAUCCCCAGAAAGGCAUCACUAUAAAGAACGUACAGAGGUCGUUUAAGGGCUGCUACCAGUGCUUGGCCAAGCACAAUGGAGUUGAGAAAAUAUCGGAGCACAUUUUCCUGAAUGUGAGGCCAGUUCACAAAACUCUUCCCGUCAUCACCUUAUCCAAAAGCUACGAGCUUCUCAAAGAAGGGGAGGAAUUUGAAGUUACAUGCAUAAUCACGGAUGUGGAUAGCAGCGUACAAGCUAGUUGGAUUUCUCACAAAAGUGGGAUUGUUACAAGCAAAAGCAGAAAUUUGGGUGAUUAUGGAUACGAAAGGAAAUUAACAUUGAACAUCCGUUCAGUGGGAGUUAAUGAUUCUGGAGAAUUCACAUGCCAAGCAGAAAACCCUUUUGGAAAAACCAAUGCCACAGUAACCUUGAAAGCACUAGCUAAAGGAUUUGUCCGUUUGUUUGCAUCAAUGAAUACCACAAUAGAUAUAAAUGCAGGACAAAAUGGAAAUUUAACAGUUGAAUAUGAGGCAUAUCCAAAACCGAAGGAAGAAGUCUGGACGUACAUGAACGAAACAUUACAGAAUUCAUCAGACCAUUAUGUCAAGUUCAAGACUGUGGGCAAUAACAGUUAUACAAGUGAACUUCACCUUACCCGAUUAAAAGGAACAGAAGGAGGCAUUUACACAUUUUUUGUGUCCAAUUCUGAUGCCAGCUCCUCUGUAACAUUUAAUGUCUAUGUGAAAACAAAACCAGAGAUUCUCACUCUGGAUAUACUUAGCAAUGGUAUUCUCCAGUGUGUAGCAGCUGGAUUCCCAGCCCCUACCAUAUACUGGUAUUUUUGCCCAGGAACUGAGCAGAGGUGUUUUGAUUCACCGACAAUAUCCCCUAUGGAUGUCAAAAUCAGUUACACAAAUUCAUCAGUGCCGUCGUUUGAACGAAUCCUGGUUGAAAGCACCAUUAACGCCAGCAUGUUGAGGAGCACUGGCACCGUGUGCUGCGAGGCCUCCAGCAAUGGGGACAAGAGCUCUGCUUUCUUCAACUUUGCUAUUAAAGAACAAAUCCGUACCCAUACCCUUUUCACCCCUUUACUAAUUGCGUUUGGAGUCGCUGCAGGACUGUUGUGCAUCAUAGUCAUGAUCCUCGUGUACAUACAUUUGCAGAAACCCAAAUAUGAAGUUCAAUGGAAAGUUGUUGAAGAAAUAAAUGGAAACAACUAUGUUUACAUAGACCCGACACAACUUCCUUAUGAUCACAAAUGGGAAUUUCCUAGAAACCGGUUGAGUUUUGGUAAAACCCUUGGUGCUGGAGCUUUUGGAAAAGUUGUUGAAGCCACUGCUUAUGGUCUGUUUAAAUCUGAUGCUGCUAUGACAGUAGCAGUAAAGAUGUUGAAAACAAGUGCCCAUUUAACAGAAAGAGAAGCCUUGAUGUCAGAGCUUAAAGUGCUGAGUUACCUUGGAAACCACAUUAAUAUCGUGAAUCUGCUUGGAGCUUGCACUAUUGGAGGUCCCACUCUGGUGAUUACAGAAUAUUGCUGCUAUGGUGAUCUUUUAAAUUUUCUGAGACGGAAACGUGAUUCAUUUAUUUGUCCAAAACAUGAAGAACAUGCAGAAACAGCAGUUUACGAGAACCUUUUGCAUCAGGCAGAGCCUGCGGCUGAUGUUGCCAAUGAGUACAUGGACAUGAAACCAGGAGUGUCGUAUGCAGUCCCACCAAAAGCUGAUAAAAAACGACCAGUGAAAUCUGGAUCCUAUACUGAUCAGGAUGUUACCCUUUCUAUGUCAGAAGAUGAUGAACUUGCUCUAGAUGUUGAAGAUCUACUAAGCUUUUCUUACCAGGUGGCAAAAGGCAUGAGCUUCCUUGCCUCCAAAAAUUGCAUUCAUAGGGAUCUGGCCGCAAGAAAUAUUCUUCUCACUCAUGGUCGAAUAACAAAAAUCUGUGACUUUGGCCUGGCAAGAGAUAUAAGGAAUGACUCAAAUUAUGUGGUCAAAGGAAACGCUCGUCUUCCUGUGAAGUGGAUGGCACCUGAAAGUAUUUUCAAUUGCGUCUACACCUUUGAGAGUGAUGUCUGGUCUUAUGGAAUACUGCUUUGGGAGCUCUUUUCUUUAGGAAGCAGCCCAUAUCCAGGGAUGCCCGUGGACUCCAAGUUCUAUAAAAUGAUCAAGGAGGGAUACAGGAUGUUCAGCCCUGAGUGUGCACCGCCUGAAAUGUAUGACAUAAUGAAGAGUUGCUGGGAUGCUGAUCCUUUACAGAGACCCACAUUUAAACAAAUAGUACAGCUGAUAGAACAGCAGCUUUCAGAUAAUGCCCCUCGGGUUUAUGCAAACUUCUCAACUCCACCUUCCAGUCAAGGAAAUGCUCCAGAUCACUCGGUGAGGAUUAACUCGGUGGGUAGCAGUGCUUCAUCUACUCAGCCCCUCCUGGUACGCGAAGAUGUUUGAGUGGCAUCUGGAAGAAGAGGAGGCCAGAUGUAUUAGCUGUUUGUAUUGUGCAGGGGGUGAGAGACGGACGACUUCAAUAAUUUCUCUUACUUUUACUCACUACUACCACUGUGUAGCUGAAACGUUGUUGUAAUACUGUCCUUCACCACACACUGUUACACAUAAACUUAAUCUGCUGAGCACGGUUACAGGCAUCAUUGCAAUGUUAACUGAAGCUGUAUAUAUUUUGCUAUAUUGUGUGUAUUUGCAGUAGAGAGCCAGAUCUGAAGAAAAAAAAAACAACCAACAAAAGAAAUCCUGAGCCAGGGUGUGGAACAAGAUGACUGCAGAUCAAACCAAAUCUGCAGUGAUCCUUCUGUGGAUCUGUGCCUGGAAGGCGUACAGUCAUUUUCUGGUUAAUCUUGUUUUGCUGAAUUUAAGAAAUAAACAAAUAUGAAGCUAAUGGCUUUGCAAACCCCUUUCCAUGUCCAGCCAAGCCUGAGAAGCUUUCCCAGGUAGGUAUCAUAGGUUGGAGGCCAGCGAGGGUGCUGGAUGUACCUGGGUGAGAGAGGUGAAGGGACUGAGACCUUUCCAAAGUUGGUCUGCACAGCAGCAAACCCUCCUGGGAGCCCUGGGGUUUGAACCAGAGGAGGGAAGAAGAGUGUGAAUCUUCAUCUUUAUUUCCCACCCACGCUGUCAGCCUUGCAGAUGGGUCGCAAGGUUUCUGUGGGUGUAUGCACUACUUACCACUGGCCCCUUGCCUGCCAGGGAUGGAGCUGCCCAUCGCUGGGUCUCACCCCACCAUGGAGCCUGAACUGCUCCCACCCACCCCCCCUCCACCGCCUUGGGAACCCGAGGGCUUCGAUGCUUGUUUUGCUAAUAGUCAUGUCCAAAAGUGUUCACCAAAGAUAGGUGGGCCCUGCCAAGUUAGUCAAAAUAGGGGAG